UUGGGAGUGACGCGGAUAUGAAAGCUAGGUUAUCCCUCUUUCCUCCGCUAUGAAAAAUGUUUAGACAAACUCGACUAACGACUGUCGGCUCAAAAUAAUUCGCAAAUUAAGAUGCUGGUUUAUGUUAUUCGUUAAGACUCCAGAGCGGAGUACGAAGUGGUUUGGACUGAUUUAUCAUCUCGGGGAUUGUUGUAGUUGGCAGGGCCGUCCUCCUCCUCCUCCUCCGACGAGCUGCUGCAGGGAUAACUUUGGAGAAGUUCUUUGUAUUCGGAGGAGUCACACAGCUUGACCAACAAGCUGAACAUGGACUGGGGCACAGAGCUUUGGGAUCAACAUGACAUCAUUGAGAAGCACACACAGUCCGGCCUGGAGCUGGUUGAGAAAUAUGUGAAAUUUGUGAAGGAGAGGACGGAGAUAGAGCAAAAUUAUGCCAAACAACUGAGGAACCUUUCAAAGAAAUAUAACCUAAAACGAAGCAGUAAAGAUGAACCAGAGUGCAGGUUUUCCAGCUACCAGUCCUUUUUGGACAUCUUAAAUGAGACUAACGACUACGCGGGGCAGCGAGAGCUAAUCGCCGAGAACAUGAUGAUGAACAUCUGCAUCGAUCUCACAAAGUACCUGCAAGAGGUCAAGCAGGAGAGAAAGACGUAUCUGAUGGAGGCCAAGAAGGCCCAGCAGAGUCUGGAGAGCACCUACAAGCAGCUCGACAGUAGUAAAAAGCGCUUUGAGAGGGAAUGGAGAGAAGCAGAGCGAGCAGCACUGUACGCAGAGAAGACUGAUCAAGACAUCAAUGCAACAAAGGCAGAUGUUGAAAAAGCCAAACAGCAGGCUCACAUGAGAGCACACAUAGCUGAGGAGUGUAAGAACGACUACGCUGCUCAGCUUCAGAAGUUCAACAAGGAGCAGAACCAGUUCUACUUUAAUGAUAUGCCACUCAUUUUUAAUAAAUUGCAGGAUCUGGAUGAAAGGCGAGUACGGAAGUUGGCACAAGGCUACGUCUUGUUUUCAGAUACGGAGAAGCAUGUGAUGCCUAUCAUUGGCAAGUGCCUGGAAGGCAUCACUAAAGCAGGCACUAACGUUAAUGAGAGGAAUGACUCCAUGGUUGUAAUAGAGCAGAACAAGUCUGGAUUUGAACGUCCUGGAGAUUUGGAGUUUGAAGACUACAGUCAAGGCAUCAACAGAGCCUCAUCAGACAGCAGCCUGGGCACACCCAAAGGCCCAAUGGAGCUUCUGUCAAAGAACAGGAGCAAAAACUUCUGGCUUUUUAGCAAAAGGAGUAAGCUCUCCCCCUCUAUGCUCCCACCUUUCACCACACCCCCUGCCCCCUCGCCCGCUAACGGACCCCCUUCCCCCAAGUUUGGCCGGGACCCUCUGUCGUACUGUUUGAAGGAGAUCAAUAAGACAGUCAAACCCAGAAUCUCUUCCUUCCGGACACUAAGAAGAUCGAAGUUUACUCCAGAGAGAAUCAUGGAAAUACGGACAACAAAACUGCCUACGGUGACAGAAGACUUCACCCAUCUUCCUCCAGAGCAGCGCAGGAAGAGAUUGCAACAGAGACUAGAGGAAAUCAGCAAAGAGUUGCAAAAGGAAGUAGAUCAGAGCGAGGCCCUGGGGAAGAUGAAAGAUGUUUAUGAGAAAAAUCCUCAGAUGGGAGACCCUGCUAGUCUGGCAUCCCAGAUCAACCAGACAUCACAAAAUAUAGACAGGCUCAGAGGAGAACUCAACAAAUAUGAGACAUGGCUGGCAGAGGCAGGAGGUCGAGGGGAAACACUGCGAUAUAAAACUCACACAUUCAACAAUAAUGGAGCUCAUGAUGUGCACAGCCCUGAUGGGGCACACUCGGAUGAAAGCACUCCUGAUCCCUCCCAGGCCAUCUACGCCGAGUUUGAUGAUGACUUUGAGGACGAGGAACUAACAGCUCCUAUUGGGAAAUGUACAGCCAUGUACAACUUCCCUGGUGCCAGUGAGGGGACCAUCUCUAUGCAGGAAGGGGAGGUGCUGGCUGUGGUGGAGGAGGACAAAGGGGAUGGCUGGACCAGGGUCCGAAGGAACAAUGGGGAUGAGGGCUACAUACCGACAUCUUAUGUCUCCAUCACCCUUAAUGAAUGAUAUACAUAAGAGGUACAAGAGAAGAGGAAGUGAUCGCCUUUCCAAACUGGAUGCGCUUAUUCCAAUUGGACCAAUUGUGAGGAAGCCACAGCACUAUGGGUGGGACCACUUGUGUAUCCAGAAGGGGAUCUGAAUAAGGUGCCUCAAUUUUUUUGAGAGAGGUGCCCCAGGUGGGCAAUGGAGUGUUGCUAACAGUGUGUUCCUUAUGGCUUACAUUAUAAUAUUGUUACAUGAGCCACCUAAAGCACACGGGUGUUUUACUUUUUAACACAAAUUCACAAUAACUUUCUGGUUUCAGUUAAAAGUGCAUGGGUCUUGCUCUCCCAUCACGGUACGAGUAUUUUUUCCACAGCCUAAAGAGGCGUUACCUUCUGAAUGUGACAUAAACACAGAAGUGGAGGUUCAGGAUAAGAAGGAGUAAGAUGGGUGCUGCUGACAUCUUGACACUGAGUGUUUCUGUCAGCUACUUCCAGUAAAGAUACCUCACCUGUUUAUCAUUUUCAGUUAACAAAACUGACCUUCUCUGACCCACAAGUCACUGAAUCUAAACUUUAUGACCUGCAACUCUUAUUUGUUUCAAGCAAGCCAUUUUCUGGUUUUACUAGCACUUUGGAAGAUUUACAAACCAUCUCUUUGCUCAUAGUAAGACUUAAAAUCUUGAGCGCCCCCAGGGAUGAGUGAAGUUUUGGUGGAGGCAGCUCUACCUUCUGGGUAAAUCACAUUCAUGGAGCAGUCCAAUAUUCAGACAAUCACAGAAAUGUCAGCAGUUCUGUUCAUUUUUUUUAAAAACAGCAGUAGAGGACAUAAUGGUAGUUUUAUAGUAACAACCCAAAUAACAUACUGAGAAUAAUUUAUUACAAAUGUAAAUGUUCUAUAAAUAGAAGUUUCGAGUUUAAGAGAAGUUCUACUUUAUUUUAAGGAUGUUCUCACGUUGCUCUUUUACCCUUGCACACAUAGUGGACAGUCUUUAGCCACAAAAGGGAGUAAAUAUUGCAAACGUAACAUGUGUUACUUUAAGACUAUUGUAUUUAUGUAAUAAUAAUAUAUAUUUUAGCUAUCACAUCACCACUAUUGUCUUAUUAGUUUUUUAACCAUUCAAAUAAAGAUUGUUAAAUUGUCAGAGAAAACAUAACACUUGAAACAUGUUUCCUCUGGGCUAAUUUCACAUCUACUCAAGUUGUUCCACAUCCUGUUUUUAUGUUGUUAUGGAGCAAUGUGUCUUUGGUGCCUUUCUGGUUAAAAGCAUUUUGUAAAUACCAUUUUUGCAUGCAAAAAUAUUGGUUUUCUUUUUUAAGGACAUAAUAAAUGUAGAACACAUUUCAUAGGUAGAAGUGGUUAUUUCAUUUC